UGCCUCGAUCAAUGAGGUACCAGGUCCGUCGGGGAGUCUUCUUCCUCUUACAAUCAACCAGAAUCAUUUCCCCUUCCCCRAUAUCUACUCUUUCGACCACUACUGAUCUCAUUCAAGACUGCAUUCGCGAAGRUAACAUAAACGAUGCUCGCAGGCUGUUUGAUCAAAAUCCCGCGUCUCGUGAUACCGUCGCUUGGAAUUCCAUCAUCACUGGUCAYAUCAGACACAACCAAAUGCAUCGCGCACAUCAACUAUUCGAUCAAAUACCCGUGAGAAAUGCCGUUUCAUGGAACACCAUGAUGUCCGGUUUGAGCGAUCCAUACCAACUUCACCAACUUUUCUUGCAAAUGAACAGAGCUGGUGAAAGGCCCAACCAAUUCACAUUUUCAACCCUGAUUAGUGGCUUCCUKAACAGGUUCCAUGUAUUCUUGGUCCCGCAGCUUCAUGGUCUGAUACUUCACUUAGGCCUUAAUUCCAAUGUCUUUGUGGCGUCAGCAUUGAUGCGGGGUUAUACCCAUUUAGGGGAUCGAGAGGGCUUAUGUCGCGUCUUCGAUGACGUCCUUGUAAAAGAUGUCAGUACAUGGAAUGCGUUGGUUGUAGGUUAUAUGGAUYUGGGCUUCACAGUUGAGGCGCAGAUAACCUUUGACAUGAUGCCUGAGGUUAAUAUCAUUUCUUGGACCACCUUAGUUAAUGGGUACAUYAAAAAUAGAAAGAUCAAUCAAGCACGGUCUAUCUUCAAUGAGAUGACACAAAAGAAUGUGGUUUCAUGGACUGCAAUGAUAAAAGGGUAUGUCCAAUAUGRCAAGUAUGUGGAUGCCAUACAAUUGUUCAUAUCGAUGCUCAAAUCAGGGACUCAUCCCAAUCAUUUUACUUUUUCUACUCUCCUGGACGCUUGUGCUGGUUGCUCUAUGUUUCUCUUUGGGAAACAGCUGCACUCAUGCAUCUUCAAAUCCGGUAUGUGUUGUGAAGUGGUCUUGUUGACCUCCCUUAUUGACAUGUACACGAAAUGUGGGGACAUUGAAGCAGCAUUGUGCAUUUUUGAGUCCAUGGAAAAGAAGAACACGGUGUCAUGGAACUCCAUCAUCGGGGGUUGUGCCAGGCAUGGAUUGGCAAAGAGRGCAUUGUGUGAGUUUGAGAAAAUGACAGAAAGUGGAGUCAAGCCUGAUCAUGUCACGUACAUCAAUUUACUGUCGGCUUGUGUGCACGGAGGACUUGUUGAAGAGGGUGAAAGGCAUUUUCAUUCAAUGGGAAUAACCUACGGAAUCCAAGCAGCGAUGAAGCACUAUACUUGCAUGGUGGACCUCUAUGGGAAAGCAGGUGCGCUUGACAAGGCAGAGAAAUUGGUGAAGGAGAUGCCUUUCGAACCYGAUGUCGGUGUGUGGGGUGCAUUGCUUGCUGCUUCUGGGUUGCACUCGUGUUAUGAGCUAUGUGAGUUUGCAGCAAAUGGACUAGAGAAUUUGGCUAGACAAAAUGSCGGUAUUUACUCUAUGCUAAUGAAGCUCCACCGUGAAAAAGGUGCAUGGAGUCGUGUUGUUGAGAUGAGGAACAAGAUGAUGGAAACAAGUGCUAAAAAGCAAAAGGCUGGUAGCAGGAUUGAGUUUGUGCUAAAAAACAAAAUCCAAAAUCACAAGUGAUUUAGGUCAUUCAUACAUACAUCACCAGCCAUACCUUUCUUGUCCGAKUUGGCAUGUAGGAACCAAUGUCUUGGAU